AUGCAGUGGCCGUGGCACAAGAGGAAAGCCUCCGACGACGAUGGCGAAUAUUUGCUGCCUCUGGCCUCAAAGGUGCCGGGCAUGAACAGUUUGCCCAUGGAGCCCCUCGAGGCGGAACCGCCGCGAGAGCGGCCAGGGCACAUCCGGACGACAUCUGCGCAGUCAAGAAGCGUUGCGGACGAGUUCUCCUUCUUGACAUCAACAGAAGCCGCCAGCCGGCUGCAGACUUCCCUCACCCACGGUCUGUCAGCGGCUGAAGCGCUGAACCGACUACGCGACUGGGGCCCGAACGAAAUCCCCCAUGAGCCGCCUGAACCACUGUGGUUGCGAUUCAUCAAGCAGUUUCAAGAGCCACUCAUCGUGCUGCUGCUGGUGUCAGCCGGGGCUUCCAUCUUCCUUGGCAACAUGGACGAUGCGGUUAGCAUCACAGUCGCAGUCACUAUUGUCGUUACAGUUGGUUUUGUUCAGGAAUACAGAUCAGAAAAAUCAAUAGAGGCGCUCAGUCAUUUGGUCCCGAACCAUGCCCACCUGGUCCGGUCAGCGUUGAACAAGACACCAGGCAGUGCCCGAACGCCCACUUGGCCGCCGAAGCCCCCGAUGGAUGGAGAUGAGUCGGUGGCAUCAAGCACGCCUGGGGAGGAAAUGCUGGAAGCAACGUCGUCAAAGGUCAUGGCCUCGCAGUUGGUACCGGGAGACUUGGUAUACUUCACAACGGGUGAUCGAAUUCCAGCCGACAUUCGAGUCACGAAAGCCUCAGAUCUGACAAUCGACGAAUCGAACUUGACGGGCGAGAACGAACCGGUGCGAAUUACUGCUGAGCCACGAUCGCGUGGCGUGCUAUCGCCAGCGUACGGGGCCGAAACCCUCCAAUUACCUAGCCCUUCGGCGCUGUCUGACGGUAGAGAGGCCAGCGGAAGCGGCGACAACAACAUCGCUUGGAUGGGAACAUUGGUCAGAUCCGGACACGGGCAAGGGAUUGUCUUUGCGACAGGUGGAAACACCCAUUUUGGCACCAUCGCAACCAGUGUGUCAGGAACCGAAAGUCCGCGCUCACCACUCCAACUGUCCAUGGACGAUCUUGGCUCCCAACUGAGCAAGGUGUCAUUCGUCAUUAUCGGCAUGAUCUCUUUGGUAGGCUGGCUUCAGGGUAAGAAGCUGAUGGAGAUUUUUACCAUUUCAAUCUCGCUUGCUGUUGCAGCCAUUCCCGAAGGCUUGCCAAUCAUCGUAACGGUCACUUUGGCCCUCGGCGUCCAUAGAAUGGCCCGUCACAACGCCAUUGUGCGCAGAAUGCCGAAAGUAGAGACUCUGGGCUCGGUGAACGUUGUUUGCACCGACAAGACGGGUACUUUGACUAUGAAUCAUAUGACUACCGCCAAGAUGUGGUACUUUGGUGCCAACGAUGCCAUAGAUGUAGAUUCCGACGACGAAGCAACUGAGACUAAGCCUGAUCCUGCUACUUUGCGCAUCCUGCGUAUUGGUAACAUCGCAAACAACGGCCGUCUCGCACAGCAAUACACCGAAAAUGGCGCAGCAGCCAGGGCCGUGCUCUCGUCAACACAGGGAACUGACUUUGCCUCGACCUUUACGCGCUGGUGUGGACAACCUACCGAUGUUGCUAUGCUUGACCUCCUCGACAGAUUCAAAGAACACGACGUUCGCGAGUCUAUUGGCCCCCGUCUCAGCGAAACUCCGUUCAGUUCUGAACGGAAGUGGAUGGGAGUCACCAUCGGAACUGAUUCCAAAGAAUUUGCCUACAUGAAGGGGGCUAUUGAUAGAGUUUUGGACGCUUGCGACACCUAUCUCACUCGCGACGGACGAGAGAUUGUCCUCGACUCUGCGCGUCGCAGCGAGGCCAUUCAAGCAGCCGAGACUAUGGCUGCAAAGGGUCUACGAGUCCUUGCCUUUGCCAGCGGUGCUGUGUCACGAUCUGCCAAGGGCAGGGCGACUUUAGCGCCAACUACUCGCAGCAGCACUCCAGGUAGCCCGCGUCCUCAACAAGACGAGACAUAUAGAGGCCUCACUUUUGCCGGGUUGGUCGGUAUGAGCGAUCCCCCCCGGCCUGGGGUCGGCCGUUCGAUUAGGAAGCUUCUGCGUGGAGGGGUCAAGGUUGUGAUGAUCACGGGCGAUGCCGAGACCACUGCUGUGGCCAUUGGCAGGCAGCUCGGCAUGCCAAUCGCCAAAGCAAGUGAGGCGGGAUCCAGUGCUUUGGCCGUUCGUCCCGUCCUUAGAGGCGAGGACGUUGAUUCCAUGUCGGAAGAGGAAUUGUCUCAAGCCAUUCAGCACACCACUAUUUUCGCUCGCACGAACCCGGAUCACAAGCUCAAAAUCAUUAAGGCAUUCCAGGCCAGAGGCGAUAUCGUCGCCAUGACUGGAGACGGUGUGAAUGACGCUCCGGCACUGAAGCGAGCCGAUAUUGGUAUUUCCAUGGGCUUACACGGAACUGAUGUUGCCAAGGAGGCUGCGGAUAUGAUCCUGACAGACGAUGAUUUCUCGACGAUUCUACGGGCCAUUGAAGAGGGCAAGGGAAUCUUCAACAACAUCCAGAACUUCCUGACUUUCCAGCUUAGCACAAGCGCUGCCGGAUUGUCAUUGGUAUUCUUCUGCACUCUACUCGGCUUUAAGUCGCCCCUGAAUGCGAUGCAGAUUCUCUGGAUUAAUAUCAUCAUGGAUGGACCGCCCGCUCAAUCGCUCGGCGUGGAGGCUGUCGACGCCGAUGUCAUGAAUCGCCCUCCUCGCAAGCGCAAUGAUGCGGUGCUCACCAAAGCCGUUCUUUACCGCGUCCUCACCUCGGCUUCCAUCGUCAUGUUGGGUACUAUGCUCGUCUACAGCCGCGAGAUGAUGUCGGAUGGCGAGGUUAACCGCCGCGACACUACGAUGACCUUCACUUGCUUUGUAUUAUUUGACAUGUUUAACGCUCUGGCCUGUCGUUCCGAGUCCAAGUCGGUUCUGCGAGGCGAAGUUGGACUCUUCUCAAACACGCUCUUCAACUGGGCUGUCUCGCUCAGUAUUGCGGGCCAAUUGCUCGUUAUAUACUUCCCCUGGCUCCAGGAGGUUUUCCAGACGGAAGCGUUGGGCUUCUUCGACUUGGUUGGUCUGUUGAUGCUUUGCAGCACGGUGUUCUGGGCGGAUGAGUUUAGAAAAUAUUGGAAGUAUGCCAGGCGGAGGCUGGCCGGUGGUUACAGUCAGGCGGUUUAG